AUGCUGCUGCCCCGACUGCUCCCCCUGCUCUGGGUGUGUGAGUGGACAUCUGGAAAUGACUUUCUUCUCUCUAGAAGCCGGGGAGACAUGGAACAUACACUUGGGACAUACAAGCUGAAAUUGCAGUCCAGCCUCGUGGCAGUGCAGGAGGGUCUGUGUGUCCUUGUGCCCUGUACAUUCUUUGAGCCCUCCUUGAAACCAAGUUCAGACACUGUCUUUGGCUACUGGUUCCAUGCAAGAGCAAAUACAGAUACUGAUUUACCAGUGGCUACAAACAACCCAAAUAAAUCGGUGCAGAAGACUCAGAGCCAAUUCCACCUCUUUGGGGACCCAAGUACCAAUGACUGCUCGCUGGACAUCAGAGAUGCACAGAGGAGUGACAGCGGUUCUUACUUCUUCAGAAUGGAAAAAGAGAGUGUAAAAUGGAAUUACUACGUGAAUAAGCUCUCAGUGGAUGUGACAGCCCUCACUCACACCCCCAACAUCGAAAUCCCACAGGAGUUAGAGCCUGGCCACCCUAGUAAAGUGACAUGCUCUGUGCCUUGGGCCUGUGAGCGGGGGACACCUCCCAUCUUCUCCUGGAUGUCAUCUGCCAUCACAUCCCUGGGCCCCAGGACCACCUUUUCCUCAGUGCUGACCCUCAUACCCAGGAUCCAGGACCAUGGCACCAACCUCAUCUGUCAAGUGACCUUCCCUGGAGCUAAUGUGACUGUUCAAAAGACUGUCCAGAUCAAUGUCACCUGGAAAUCAGGGCCCCUGGCAGAGGUGGUUCUGGUAGCCAUGGGAGAGGCUGCUAUCAAAUUCCUGAUUCUUGGGAUCUGCUUCCUCUUCCUCAGCAUGAAAUCCCAAAGGAAGAAAGUGGAGCAGCCAGCAACCCAGGUGGAUUAUACAGAAACUAUCAUGGAUUGGUCUCUCAGAAACCUGGGACCUCUGAUUCGCAUGAGUCUGAUUAUUCCAGAGAAACAAGUGUUCACUGUUUUAGACCUGAAAGAUGUAUUCUUCAGCCUCCCGUUGGCAGAGUGCCGGGCCCUGCUCUUGGCCCUCCCUCAAGUCCAGUUUUCGAAACCUACCACCAUCCAUCCUGCCACCCUCCUGCCUGGUGAACAGCCUCAGGUGCUCAUGCAUGACUGUCACAGGAUGAAAGGCGAAACCGGUCACAGCGGGCCCUCCAGUCCUCCAAAAACGGAUAUUCACUGGGCUAUCCGAGAGACCCAGCUGACCUCCGAGUACCAGUUUCCCCUUGUUGGAGUCUGCUGGUACUCUCUGGUUCAAGCAGGUAGCCAAAGGGGCACUGGAACCAACUUGGAAAUGACCCUACAGGGUGAUCCUCCCCAUUCCUCUGGCUGUGAAGAGACUGAAAAACAGGACAGCCUGCACUGGGACUUCAUGGUGUCUACAGACCUUGAGCGCUCCCAUCCUGCAUGA